UAUGUUUUUUGGCCAAGAUGAAUACAGUUUGGGCCAGACCAUUUUUAGUCUGCCACUCUGCGGCUAGGUCAAUUAUACAAACUUCGACUGCAAGAGCAACACAAUUGCCAAACACAAACAACACUAUCAGCACGCUUUUGAUAUUUGAAAAUAAAGGGGAGUGAAUAACAAGGGUGUAGAAGAGAGAGAGGGAUUGAAAAUGAAGCCAGUGGUGGGAAUGGUUGUGUCCAACAAGAUGCAGAAGUCUGUUGUGGUGGCUGUUGAUAGGCUCUUUCAUAACAAGCUUUACAAUCGUUACGUCAAGCGUACUUCCAAGUUUAUGGCUCAUGACGAACAGAACCAGUGCAACAUUGGUGACAGAGUUAAAUUGGAUCCUUCUAGGCCUUUAAGCAAGCACAAACGCUGGAUUGUAGCUGAGAUUUUGAAGAAGGCACGAAUAUAUGUCCCACCAGCAAAGGCUACUACUGAAUCAAACUCCCAACCAGAAUUACCAGCUCCGUCUUCUUCUUGACUCUUGAGGUGUGCUAGAGGGACAAGAUUUGUUACAGGCUAUUAUUGUAGUUUGGUCCUCCAAUCUCUUAUAUUGUCAGCUGUUGCUGGAUUGUAUUUACAAAAUUAAUCCUUUCUAAAUUUGCCUUUUACCAUCUUUUUUUGUGACUUAUAUUUUAGUCUAGUUCUUGGUGUUUUUGGAAACAUCUUGUGAGUUUGAAAGGUGGUGUGGAGAGGUGAGAAGCAACAACACAAGAACAAAGAGCCAGCACUGGACUUCUUGAUGAAUAAUAUAGUUAUGCUUGAGCUCA